ACAAACGACCAUUUGAAAAGUUGAUAGAAAGGCUAACGGCCUGGCCUCGAGCGAUGAACGCCAGAGAAAAAUAGCAAAAACGAAAAAAAGGAGAUGCUGAGCAGAGCAACAGCCAGAGCAUCAAACCACUUGUUCUUCAAGAACAAGAAUUCUCAGUUUCUAGGGCUCAGCAACAAUCUCUCAUAUGCUGCUUCAAACCCUGUAUCUAACUUUGUGAGCAUCACGUGGAACAACAACAACACCUCUAGAAUGUCAAAAAUGAAGAGUUUCACAACCCGAGCAACCGCGCAGCCUCUCAAGAAUGCUGAUGAGCUCAUCGACUCUGUCGAGACCUUCAUCUUCGAUUGCGAUGGAGUUAUAUGGAAAGGAGAUAAGCUGAUAGAUGGCGUCCCAGAAACUCUUGAUAUGCUACGGUCCAAGGGCAAAAGAUUAGUCUUUGUUACCAACAACUCAACAAAAUCUAGGAAGCAAUAUGGUAAAAAGUUUGAGACACUUGGUCUGAAUGUCAGUGAGGAAGAAAUUUUUGCUUCAUCUUUUGCUGCUGCUGCCUAUUUGAAGUCCAUAAAUUUUCCAAAAGAUAAAAAGGUUUACGUGAUUGGUGAGGAUGGUAUCUUGAAGGAGCUUGAGCUUGCUGGAUUUCAAUACCUCGGUGGACCAGAAGACGGAGAGAAGAAGAUAGAGCUGAAGCCUGGAUUUCUGAUGGAGCAUGAUGAGAGCGUUGGAGCUGUUGUGGUUGGAUUUGAUCGAUAUGUCAACUACUUCAAAAUUCAGUAUGGGACACUCUGUAUACGUGAAAACCCUGGAUGUCUUUUCAUUGCAACAAAUCGUGAUGCUGUCACUCAUCUCACAGAUGCUCAGGAAUGGGCAGGUGGUGGUUCCAUGGUUGGUGCUAUCCAGGGAUCUACUCAGCGUGAGCCACUGGUUGUGGGAAAGCCCUCCACAUUUAUGAUGGACUACUUAGCAAAUGAAUUUGGCAUACUGAAGUCACAAAUUUGCAUGGUCGGGGACAGAUUGGAUACUGAUAUUCUGUUUGGACAAAAUGGUGGUUGCAAAACUCUUCUUGUUCUCUCAGGUGUCACCACUUUACCAGUGCUUCAAAAUCCCAGCAACACCAUACAACCAGAUUUUUACACCAACAAGAUCUCAGACUUUUUGUCUCUCAAGGCUGCAACCGUAUGAUUACUCAGAUUAUCGAUUGUUGAUGAUGCCUGUAAAACCAAUCUUGUUGCUAUGUAUGUGUGUUAGACUUCGGUAUGUAAUACUGACUAUUGUUGUCAUGGCCACUACGUUGUCCAUAUAACUUAUUCUUUCUGGUAUAUAAGGGCAGGAAUGAUAUAAAUUUCUGAUGUUAAAAGGAAAAGAGUAGUACGAUUUUCCUU